AUGAAACUAUCUAUCUUAUCAUUGCUUGGAUUCUUGACAACAGCAGCAGUAGGGGUAGUGGGCUCUGAGAUAAACCCACUUGAACCUCAAAUAAUUGCAGAUCAAGUGACAAAUGGGGAACACAAACGUCAAUCUGAUGAUGAAUCAAACUCUCAACUUAAAUCCCAAUCAAAGAUGGAUGUCCCUCCUACAUUAUCAAUGAAAGAAUUUGACAAACUCACUCGAGAAAAACUUGUACUUGUUGAAUUUUUUUCGCCAUAUUGCCAUCAUUGUAAAGAAUUUGCACCAACAUGGAAGGAAACCUAUAUAAAAUUUGUCACUGAAUACCCUGAUUUGAAUAUUGAAAUGAAACAGGUCAAUUGUAUUGAAAGUGGUGAUUUAUGUGAGCGUGAGCAUAUAGAUUUUUAUCCUAACAUAUUGUUGUAUGCCCCUGCCGUUGAUAAAGAUGGCAAGAAAACUGGGAAACUGAAAAACAUUGAUUCAUUUCCAAGAAAUCUCGAUAGAAAUGUUGAGAAUAUCAUCAAAUAUUUACGAGAAGCCACGGCCGAAUUCGAUUCAGGUGCAAUUAAUUUACCCAGUUCUUCACAGUUGUUAGAUGUUGACACUAUGUCUAAGAUCAUUGAUGGUAAUAUUUCUACUCCAAUGUUUGUUUCAUUUUUCCCGGCCACAAAGAGGCAAUGGAAAAGUGUAGAGCAUCGAGGUAGGUUGGGGUUCUCGAAUUGUGAGGAUUGUUUACCUGCAAAACAAAUAUGGGAUCGAUUAUCAAACAAAAUUUUGUCAAUUUCUGAUACUGGUCAUUUCAUGUGUCGUGAUCAUAGAGAAGUUUGUGACAAGUUGAAGAUAACCAGUAACAAUGAACCUCAAUUUAUUAUGUUUUUACCUGAAUCAAUAGGGGCCGUUCGUUUUGAUUAUAACGAUUACGUCGAUGUAAAUAGAAUGAAAUGGUGGGUCCAGAAAUUAUUCCAAAAUUCUCAAUUUGAAGUUGUUUCUGCUCGUGGUAUUACCGAAGUCAUGGAAUACACCAAAGUAUUGUCCCAUGAACCUAUUGCCCAAUUUUAUCCUUUGAAAAGUAAAAUAACCGUAGUGUUUUAUUAUGAUAUUGAUAAAGUCACUGAAGAAGAUGAAAAAAUAUUACCCCAUUUACUCAAAACAAUCCAAGAGUCUCCGUUUAAUAUCCAAUUACACAAGGGAAAACAUAAAAAAAUUGAAGAAAAUGUAUUGACUAUGGGUCAAAAUUUAAUUGAAUAUAUAAAUUAUGAUGAAAACGAUAAAUAUGAAUUUGAUAAAUCGAUACAAGUCUUGACUACAUUAACAACAAAACCAACAAUACUUGUUUUCAAAGAUAACUCAUUAAUUGCCGACGUUUAUCAAAGUCUAUCUCCCGAAGAUAUGAAAACCUAUGACAAAGUAGAGAGUUUUAUCAAUAGUAUUCAGUAUCCUUUGUAUGGCCAAUUAACCCCACAAUUGGCUCCUUAUUAUUUCAAAAACAAUGAAAAGUAUCAAGACCAUAAAGUUGUGGUAUUGUUUACUGAUUUACUGGACUUGAAGGGAACAGAUAAUCAAUUGUACAAAUUAUCGUUAGCAGCACACGAAUACCACCAUUUAAAGCAAAAAUAUUAUUUCGAUAGAUUUAAACAAAGUAAUCAAGUGAGUGCUGCCACCGUGGAAAAAUUACAAGAGCAAAAUCAAGAAACUAUUGAUGCAUUAAAAGAGCUACAACAAGUAAUACCAGAAUUGUGGGAGAAUGAUCAAGUCUUAUUUACAUUUAUUGAUUUGCCUAAUGCAUAUAAACAGUUUGGUGGGGUUAAAGGAUGGAGACUUAAUCCUAAUAAUUAUCAAGUUGGCGAUGUGGUGGUCUUGUCUAAAGAUAACCGCUACUAUUGGAACAAAGAUACCCAGGGGAACAAAUUAACAAAUGAACCAAAAGAAUUGAAAAAGGUUUUGAUGUCAUUAUUAGCUAAGGAUGACAAAUUGAAAGCAGCAAUAGUGGGUAGUCCCUAUGGAGGUGUUCUAGGGUUUAUGGAUUAUGUACAUGAUUAUGGUGUUUGGGGAUACAUUGGCUUUUUCUUGUCAAUUUACACUACUGGUUUUCUUGUUCUUCGUCUAGGAAGAAGAAGCAGUAGAAGAUGGUUAUUCAAAAGGCCGUCAUCAUCAACACCUAGCAGUGGCGGUGGUGGUAUUAUUGGUAAUAAUUUUACGCCUAAGAAGGAUUAA